AACAGCUUUACAGAGAGGAGUGUAGGGUAACACUGCUCAGGACAACAAGGUGAUGUUGUCGAUUAAUGUCUUGUUAGACGGAUAUAAUGGUCCAAGAGGAAGUGAUAAAUGCUAAGAGGGUUUAUAACAUUUUAAUGACGCAAUCGUAAAGGCCGUUUCUUAUGAAGAUGUCAGGGUAAACGCCUCAGCUCAUCUGCUUCUUGGAUUCCUUAUUAUUACACCCUGAGGUGAAUCAGUGUAACUCCUUCCAAAAUGAGCCGGGAUGCUCCUAUCCACAGCUGGCCUGGCUCCUAUUACAUCAACACUGAGAAGCGGUGGGAAACUGGCACCCUGUCCCUCACCAGGACCAUGGUGCGCUUUGUCUCUAACCAGAGUAAGGAGAGUCUUACCAGCUUUCGCCUUUCCAGGAUCAUGGAUAUCAAGAUGGAGUCAUCCAGUUUCAUCUUCAGCACUCUCACAGUGCUUGAAGAGGGCAAUGUGAAACACUGGUUUGGUUCCCUUAAGCCUAACAGGGUGGUGGUUUAUAACGUGUUAGAGCAUUUUUGGAGGGAACGCCUCCUGUCCCCUGGCUCAGAGGCACGGGGGGCCGAAUGCAAACCCUCUAAAGGCAGUGAGCUGAUCAGCCUGGUGGCGGGGGCCCAGAGAAGAUUGGAGGACUCCGGCAAAGUCCUCAGCCACCAAGGAGAGCAGUUUGACAAUGCGAUGCAGGGACUGGAGAAGAUUGGCUCAGAUCUGGGCGUGGCUGAUAAACUUUUGUCAGAGCUGGAAUCUCCCCCCUGGUGGCCAUUUGGUAAACUCCCCUGGAAAACUCAGCAGGAAGCUAAGGUGGAGGACGCUGCAAGAGCUGCGUCCCGGUCAGCAGCUGGUAAAGGCUCUGGUAAAAAUAAGGUAAUCGCAAGCAUCCCAGCUAUAGUGACCAAAGGAGGGGACUCAGAUUUAAAACCUGGAUGCUUGUUGGUGCUGGUGUCCUCACUGGAGGUGCUAGACACAAACUGCCAACUCAUUCACCGCUUUGAAAGAAAUGACAUUGACGAAGUUAGAGUGCACAGUCCGUAUGAGAUCACUGUAAGACAGCGGUUCAUUGGGAAGCCGGAUAUAUGCUACAGGUUCCUGUCUGCCAAGAUGCCGGAGGCAAUGUCGGUGUUAGAGAUUCAAUACAGAAAAAAAGUGGAGUUCACUAAUGAAUACACGGCUUUCAGAGCAACUCCAGUUUCAUCUCCGUCUGACACAGAGGGGCAAACCUGGAAUGAAGGUCUGCUACAGAGGUGCCAAGACACGGAGCUCCCACUAGAGGUCCCAGCAGGAGCGCUGUCCCAGCUGCAGGUGCACGUCCUCCAGCCAUCUGUCAGUCAGUCUGAGGCCCAGGAACUGAAACAGAUGCUGAUGCAGCUGAAGAACCUUGCCUUGGAGGCAGAGACAGAGCUGGAGCGGCAGGAUGAUGUUCUGAACGACCUGACCAGCUCCACUGACCGAGCCACCAUGAACGUAGAGAAGCACACCUGCCGCAUGAGAAAACUGCUGUAGCUGUGACAGCGUCCCCAUGCCCCCCUUUAGGGAUGCACAGCAAGCUUCCUAAUCGUCUUCAUGAGGUUGGUAGAAAGUUGGACCAGCAGAAUACAGCAGUUGGGACAUGCAUACUCAAGACACUUGACAACAAUUUUUGUUGCAUAUUAUUACAUAAUCACACAGAUUCAAGCGUAUAGAGUUUACGGAAAGUACAGGAACUUGACGCUAAACACAUUUACCAAAAUCCCUGAUAUUUGCCUUUUAGGUUAUGAGUUUUUUGUUUGGUUUCUUUUUUUAAAUUUUAAAUAAUUCAACACAGCUUACUAAGCAUUUCAUUUGUCAUUACUUUGUGGAGUUGCCAUUUGUAAAACAAUUGCCUAAAGUAAAAGCGGCACCCAGUUGCCCAUCCAGCACUAUGUUGGGUCGAUGCUGAUGAUUUGGCUCUGCCUAUUUAACCUAUUGGCUUUGGAACCUGAGUUGUAUAUUGGUAAAUAGCUUGCAUCUAAUGCCUUCGGAAAGCGAAAUAUAACAAGCCUUAUUUUUUAUCUUUGAAGAAACACAUUUGUUUUAUUUCAGUUGGGCGGACAUAUUCCCCACUAAAUAAGGUGUAAGCAAUAGAAUGACGGUUAAAGCUUUCCUGUUGCAUCACAUUAAUAUCCUUGAUGAUGGAGUGCCAGUCUUUCUUUUUAUAACCUUUGCUUUCACAUUAUUGUCCUGCUGUAUCUGUGUCACUUGUCCUCUCCAGACAUUGUCUCUGUGCUGCUUUAUGUUGCAUGUGUUAAUAUUGCUGCGUAUUAUUGCAUCGAGAGAAAGGGUCCCAACCUUUCUAAGAUAUAGCCGAAGACUGUAAGCGUGCAACUUGUUCUGGGAAUCUUGAAACCAGAACCGAAAACACUUCCAUGAUUUGUUUUUAAAUAAUGUAAACUAAAUACUCCAUAUUUAACUCACAAUCUACUGUAUAUCUUGUGAACAAUUGACAAUUUAAUUCUGUAUAAUCUGUAAAUGACAGAUGCAUGUAUUGUGAUUUUAUUGUGUUCUAUUAUUACUGUCAACUUGUAAUUAGCUGAGAGUUAUACUUUAAAUUAUUUUUAAAAUAAUAAUUUCGGAGCUGUAAAUACGCUUCUUUUGCUGAUGAUACUAAACUUAUCCUGACAUUGGAUAGAAAUAAACGAUCAGCUAUAAAUACAAAGGGAAAAGGUACACCUGCAUCUGUUUAAAGCAAACACAUGGAAUAAAUGAAGCAACACUUGCAUUUUAGAUAUUGGAAUCAUUUAAUUAUUUAAUUCUACUGAAAAGUAUCACAAUUGUUGGCCUGUCAUAGCAUGAUCUGAAAUAAAAGUAAGUCUCCAACUAUCAAAAGUAAAA